UGCAGUAUUGACAUGGAGGUGCUAAUUAGUUUAUGCCUCGUAGCCCUUGCCACGGUGUUGGUCACUUGGCUUCUCAAGCUCAAAGCUUCCUCCAGUGGUAGAAGCAAGGCCAAGCAGGAGUUGCCUCCCGGACCAUGGACGCUUCCUAUCAUCGGCAGCCUCCACCACGUCCACAGCCUCCUCCCACACCGCACCAUUACAAAGCUGUCUCGCCGGCAUGGGCCAUUGAUGCUCCUGAAGCUAGGGGAGGUCUCGACGGUGAUCGUUUCCAGCGCUGAGGGGGCAGCGCUGGUGAUGAAGACCAACGACCUCGCGCUCGCAGGCCGGCCCUGUAGCGUCACGCUGGACAUCGCUGGCCGUGGUGGCAAGGGCCUCCUCUUCGCCCCCUACGGCGACCAUUGGCGCCAGAUGCGCAAGCUGUGUGUCGUGGAGCUCCUCAGCUCCAAGCAGGUCAAACGCAUGGAGGGCAUCCGGGCCAAGGAGGUCGGCGACCUCGUCCGCUCCAUCACGGCCUCCGCCGGUGCUACCGUCAACAUCAGCGAGAUGGUGGCCGCGCUCAGCAACGACGUCAUCUCGCAGGCAGUUUUCGGUGGCAAGUUCCCGCAGCAGGAAGAGUACCUCCGCGAGUUGGACGAGGUGUUCCGGCUGCUGGGUGGCUUUUGCCUCGUCGACCUCUUCCCGUCAUCACCGUUAUCACGGUGGCUGAGCAAUGGCGAGCGCCACAUGAAGAGGAGCUGUGCUCGCAUCCAUCAGAUAAUCGCUGAGAUUAUCAAGGGGCGCAAAGAGUCGCUGGAUCCCGGCAACGGUGCCACCGACGACGAGGAUCUCCUUGACGUGCUGCUCAGGCUGCAGGAGGAGGCCUCGUUGGCAUUCCCUCUAACGACUGACACCAUCGGCGCCGUCUUGUUUGACAUGUUUGCAGCCGGCACAGAAAGCACAUCGACCGUUUUGGAGUGGACUAUGUCGGAACUGGUGAUUCACCCGGAAGCUAUGGCUAAGGCACAACAAGAGGUUCGGCAGGUCCUAGGUGAAAAAAGGGCUAUAAUUACUAACAGAGACCUUGGAGAACUCCACUACCUACGGAUGGUUAUCAAAGAAGUUCUUAGGUUGCAUCCACCAGGCCCAUUAGUCCCCCGCCGGGCUAGAGAGGACUGUAAAAUGAUGGGAUACAACAUUCUCAAAGGCACCAAUGUGUAUGUUAAUGUGUUCGGAAUUUCUAGAGAUCCAACAUACUGGAAGAACCCUGAAGAGUUUAAGCCCGAGAGAUUUGAAAACAACAGCAUAGAUUACAAUGGGACAUACUUUGAAUACACCCCCUUUGGGUCUGGGCGACGGCUGUGCCCAGGAAUGUUGUUCAGCACGUCGACCUUGGACAUCGUAUUGGCCAACCUAUUGUAUCACUUCAACUGGAUACUUCCUGAUGGAGCUUCACUUGACAUGUCCGAGAAAUUUGGCCUGACGGUAAACAAAAGGUAUGACCUGAAGCUCAGAGCCGUUCCACACAUGUGGAACUAUGAAGUUCAGUCGGAGUGAUGCAGAAGUUAUGGUAUUUAUCUAUAUGUCAAUCCUAUGAUGACGCAUCUUCAGCUUCAACAUUUGCACUCUACUACAUUGUAGCUUUCUGCUUUAGAAUAAGAGAAGUUCCGUUGAGAACAUUGUCGUAUAUGUAGUACUAUAUUGUUUGAGAGCUUUCAAAACAUGAUUGUAAUAAUUCUAGAUAAGAUUGUGGACUUCUAAGAGUUUUUUUAAUUUGCAUCAAGAAUUAGCCUCA